AUACCUCAGGUGGAGGUCAGAGGUCGGGGACGGCGAGGCCCCCUCCUGGCUUUUCCAAUAUGGCGGCGCCCAGUGAGGAGGUGAGCUGCGAGGAUUUCGCGGAGUUCCAGGAAAUGCUCCGGGUGAUGAGGAUGAUCGAUGAUCGCAUCGUUUAUGAACUGAACACGUCCGUCCCCACCGUCUCCUUCGCUGGGAAGAUCGAUGCCGGCCAGACCUGCAAACAGCUGUACGAAUCUUUACGGGACGCUCACAUCUCCCGGGAGAAAGCCAUAAAGAACUGUAUAACUCAAGCAUCCAGCACUGUGAACCGAAUGCAGGAGGAGCGGAGGAGGGACGGGCACAAUAUACCGCUAACCAAACAGCUCAGGAAAGAGCAGACUAAGUUGAAGCUGCUGCAGUCUGAGCUGAACGUGGAGGAAGUUGUGAAUGAUAGAAGCUGGAAGAUAUUCAAUGAGCGUUGCCGGAUACACUACAAACCUCCCAAGGAGCAGUAACUCGGGGACACUACACUCUCCUGGCAGCGCUGCGCUCCCCCCCGGACAAUGGAGGAU